AAAAAAAAAAAACAUCACAGUCGUCUUAUUUGCUGCGUUUUUUCCAGGUCUAUUACUUUCCCUUUCGUCCUCGUCGGAUGUCUGGCAUUUCCCGCUGGAAUCCGUCGAUAAUCGGCGACAACAAUUUCGAAACCUAAGCACUUCGUUAGCACAAUGAAGAAGAAUUCGUUAGGUUUUUAUUGAUCAUCAUUUCUACACCAAAUACGAAAGAAAAAGGAGCAAAAAUGUCUCGUCCGACGUCUUCUACUGCUUUUCACAAAUCAAAGACACUCGACAACAAAUAUAUGCUUGGAGAUGAGAUUGGAAAAGGAGCUUACGGUCGAGUUUACAAAGGAUUGGAUUUGGAGAACGGAGAUUUUGUUGCGAUUAAACAAGUUUCCUUGGAGAAUAUUGCUCAAGAGGAUCUUAAUAUAAUCAUGCAAGAGAUUGAUUUACUGAAGAAUUUAAACCAUAAAAACAUUGUCAAAUAUCUUGGAUCAUUGAAGACAAAGACUCAUCUUCACAUUAUACUUGAGUAUGUCGAAAAUGGCUCACUUGCAAACAUUAUUAAGCCAAACAAAUUUGGGCCUUUUCCAGAAUCACUGGUGGCUGUUUAUAUUGCUCAGGUUUUGGAGGGCUUGGUUUAUCUACAUGAGCAGGGGGUAAUUCACCGGGAUAUUAAGGGUGCAAAUAUAUUGACAACUAAAGAGGGCCUUGUGAAACUUGCUGAUUUUGGUGUCGCGACAAAAUUAACUGAGGCUGAUGUUAAUACGCAUUCAGUUGUUGGAACACCAUAUUGGAUGGCCCCUGAGGUUAUUGAAAUGUCGGGAGUUUGUGCUGCUUCCGAUAUAUGGAGUGUUGGCUGCACUGUGAUUGAACUUCUUACAUGUGUGCCUCCGUACUAUGAUUUGCAGCCUAUGCCAGCCUUAUUUCGUAUUGUUCAGGACGACCGUCCUCCAAUACCGGAUAGCCUGUCCCCUGAUAUAACUGAUUUUCUGCACCAGUGCUUCAAAAAGGAUGCUAGGUUGAGGCCUGAUGCAAAGACUCUACUUUCUCACCCUUGGAUACAGAACUCUAGGCGUACGUUGAACUCUUUCCGACAUAAUGGAUCAAUAAGAAGUGCACAAGAAGAUGUUUCAGUGGGUUCAGAAAUUUUGAAUGGAGAUAAUCAGAGCACCGGUCAAAACCCUUCUUCAGAGAAAAACGAUGCAGUUGUUGCUGACUUAGAAACUGACUCUAGGAAACAAUUAUUAACGGAGACUGCAGUUGCUAGCAAGUCUAACAAGGAUCAUAUUUUAAAUUGUGAUGGUGUCGAAGAAAGAACUUAUAAGUUAGAACAUGAUGUUCAGUCAGAUCAAGUUCCCACCUUAGCUAUCCAUGAAAAGACAUCUCUGCAAACUGGUUCUAGCAAACCAUCUGCAAAUAAAGCAGUGGCUGCCUAUGCUUCGCUUCAUGGCUCAACUCAUUUGCAUGACGAGGAUGAGAAUCUUGUAAAUGGUGGUGAGGCUGAAUCUCCCAAAGCAAGAAGGAAAAGUGUGGACAGGAAACAUGGAGGAAAAGGUACUUCCGCCCAUUCCGAGAAUAGAGCAUUUGGUUUUUCUUCAAGAAGUCAAGACAAUGGGCUUCAAAAGGCUGCAAAGACAUCAGUCACAUUGGGAGGGAACGAACUUAGUAGAUUCAGUGAUCCUCCAGGAGAUGCCUCACUUGAUGAUUUAUUUCACCCCCUUGAUAAAAAAUUUGAUGAUCGAGUGGCAGAAGCUUCAACUUCUGCGUCAACGUCGCAUAUGAACCAAGCAAAUGCAUCUGUGACUGAUGAAGGGAAAAAUGAUCUAGCUACAAAGUUGAGGGCUACCAUAGCCCAAAAGCAAAUGGAGGGCGAAAUCGGGCAGUCAAAUGACUUGAUUCGCCUGAUGUUGGAUGUUAUAAAGGAUGACGUGAUUGAUAUUAAUGGUUUGGUUUUUGAUGAAAAAUUGCCAGCGGAAAAUCUUUUCCCCCUUCAGGCUGUUGAGUUUGGCAGAUUAGUUGGAUCGUUAAGACCUGAGGAAUCAGAAGAUGUGAUUGUGUCUGCAUGUCAGAAACUUAUUGUUAUAUUUCACCAGCGCUCUGAGCAGAAAAUUGUUUUUAUUACCCAACAUGGAUUGCUUCCUCUGAUGGAGUUGCUUGAAGUUCCUAAAACUCGGGUCAUAUGCUCUGUUCUUCAACUCAUAAAUCAGAUCAUAAAAGAAAACACAGACUUUCAGGAAAAUGCUUGUCUUGUUGGCCUUAUCCCAGUUGUAAUGAGCUUCGCUGGACCUGAUCGUCCUCGGGAAGUUCGUAUGGAGGCAGCCAAUUUCUUGCAGCAGCUUUGCCAAUCAAGCCCGUUGACACUGCAAAUGUUUAUUGCCUGCCGUGGGAUACCUAUUUUGGUUGGAUUUCUGGAGGCUGACUAUGCUAAGUACAGGGAAACAGUUCAUCUUGCUAUUGAUGGCAUGUGGCAAGUCUUUAAGCUUCAGAGAUCCACCCCAAGAAAUGACUUCUGUCGAAUAGCUGCAAAAAAUGGAAUACUUCUGAGGCUUAUCAAUACUCUUUACAGCUUGAAUGAGGCAACUAGGCUAGCAACUGGAUUUCCUUUGGAUGGUUCAGUUCAACGACCACGUUCUGGUCCAUUGGAUCCCAGCCAUCCUAUUUUUGUUCAGAGUGAGGCAACACUUCCUGCAUCUGAUCAGCCUGAUAUCCUGAAGGUUAGGCAUGGAUUGGUUGAACAUCCUUUGUCCACGGGAACUCAAGAACCUUCCCGGGCUUCUACCUCGCAGUCUCCAAGGCUGGAUGCCAUUCAACCAGAUGCAAGAUACCUUGUCACAGACACUGACAGACCCCAGUCAAGCAGUGUGGCUAUGGAAACUUCAGUUGCUUUGGAAAAAGCUGGAAUUAUGGCGAUGAAAGAAUCUCGAGUAGAUAUUGAUGCUCGGCAGCAGCGAGUCACUGGCUCCGUUAACAGGACAUCUACAGAUAGGCCUCCAAAGUUGAUUGAAGGUGCAUCGAAUGGUCUUCCUUCUAUGGUCUCUGCUCAGCCAGAGCAAGUUCGACCUCUUCUAAGCUUGUUGGAAAAGGAACCACCUUCAAGACCUUUCUCUGGUCAGUUGGAGUAUGUACGCUAUAUCUCUGGGUUGGAGAGACAUGAAAGUAUAUUACCUCUAUUACAUGCUAGUGAAAAGAAAACAAAUGGUGAAUUAGAUUUUCUGAUGGCAGAAUUUGCAGAGGUAACUGGGCGUGGACGAGAAAAUGGAAAUCUAGACUCGACACCUAGAGUUUCGCACAAGACAGUAAACAAAAAAGUGGGAGCAGUGGGAUCAAAUGAUGGAGCUGCUUCCACGUCUGGUAUUGCAUCACAAACAACGUCAGGUGUAUUGUCUGGCUCAGGUGUUUUGAAUGCUAGAGCAGGGAGCGCAACAUCAUCCGGCUUACUUUCCCACAUGGUGUCAACAAUGAAUGCAGAAGUUGCCAGGGAUUAUCUGGAAAAGGUGGCGGACCUUCUGCUUGAGUUUUCUCAAGCAGAUACAACUGUAAAAUCCUAUAUGUGCAGUCAAAGUUUGCUUAGCCGUCUUUUUCAGAUGUUCAACAGAAUUGAGCCACCCAUUCUCUUAAAGAUCCUCAGGUGCGUAAAUUAUCUGUCAACUGAUCCAAAUUGCUUAGAGAAUCUUCAGCGGGCUGAUGCAAUUAAGUUCUUGAUCCCAAACCUUGAACUAAAAGAUGGACCUCUCGUACAACAAAUUCAUCAUGAGGUCCUCAAUUCGCUAUUUAAUCUUUGCAAGAUAAAUAAGAGGAGACAGGAACAAGCUGCUGAAAAUGGAAUAAUUCCACACUUGAUGAAUAUUAUUGUGACUGAUUCUGAUUUAAAGCAGUAUGCAUUGCCUUUAUUGUGUGAUAUGGCUCAUGCCUCCCGUAAUUCAAGAGAGCAAUUAAGGGCCCAUGGUGGAUUGGAGGUGUACUUAGGCCUGCUUGAUGAUAUGUAUUGGUCAGUGACAGCUUUAGAUUCAAUUGCUGUUUGCUUGGCUCAUGACAAUGACAAUCGCAAAGUAGAACAGGCCUUGUUGAAAAAGGAUGCAGUUCAGAAAUUAGUGAAGUUCUUCCAAAGCUGUCCUGAACAACAAUUUGUUCACAUUUUGGAGCCUUUCUUGAAAAUCAUCACGAAAUCAUCCCGGAUAAAUACUACAUUAGCUGUUAAUGGUUUGACACCCUUACUCAUUGCAAGGCUGGACCAUCAAGAUGCCAUUGCUCGUCUGAAUUUGCUUAAACUAAUAAAGGCUGUCUAUGAGCAUCACCCUCGGCCAAAACAAUUAAUUGUGGAGAAUGAUUUGCCACAGAAACUUCAGAAUUUGAUAGAGGAGCGCAGAGAUGGGCAGAGUUCAGGCGGCCAAGUAUUGGUCAAACAAAUGGCUACAUCUCUGCUCAAAGCUCUUCACAUCAACACUGUUUUGUAAAUCCAUUUCUCAGCUCCAAUAUGUACAUCUUAUUCUUUAGGAAAUUCCUUUUUGAUUGUUUUAGUAAUAUUGUUUUUUUUAUUUAUUUCAUAUAUCGGUUUGCCUGUUUAUAUCGAUGCGACGAGUGUGCUGUGCUCUAUGUAUUCAGAAUGUCUCAAAGGACUAGGUGGCUGUCUAUUUGCUUUGGAGCUGCCAGAGUUUUCUUUUUUGUUUUGCUUUCCAGUGUUAGCUUCUUUUAAUUGCUAUCAUUGCUUUCGGCUUCUCGGGUAGGGUUGCUUUUCUUAACCCGCUUCCCUUUAUAGGUAGUAAUUUUGACUUGUAUAUGUUCGAAUUAUGACCGUUUGAAAUUUUAUGAUGAUUUGAGUUUCAUGA